AUGCUCAAUAAAUAUUUUACUUUUUAUAAGGUAUGCAGAGAAAAAACAAAGCUCUAUAAGUUCAUAAAGAGUGUCUAUGUCUCAAAAAUUAAAUAGGUUGAAGAGAGUUUGCUAUAUGCCAAUGAUCUUUAAUAUACAAUAUCAACUUUAGAAAAUAUCAAAUUUAUCUAAUCUGCGAAUACUAAUUAAAUAGUAAAUAUUUCUAGAUAAAUAUUUCACAAUUAUAACAUAUCUAAAUUGGAAACUCCUUAAAAUGCAGUAGAUUUAUUAUAGGUGUUAACUAAAAACAUCUCAGUCAAGGAUGUAAGAUUGUAUAGAGAAAUAUAUAAAUUUUAUAAAAAGCAUGCUUAGUAUUUUACUCAUCAACAAGUAGAGACACUCUAAAAGUGUUAUUAUCAUUUGGCCAGGUAAAUUGAAUUUAAUGAUUUAAUUUAAAUUGAUGAAAAAACUUCAGUUGCCAAACAUACUGAAAACUUUAACCACAUUCAAUCAGAUAUAUAUUAACUUAAAUAAUAAGAAGAUUGGAAUAUCAUGUUUAAAGAGGAUCCUCAAUCAUUGACCAGUGCUGCAAUAUUAACUCAUAAGAAUGGCAUUGUCUUAAGAAUCUAAGGAGUAUUUUAAAAUAAUUAUGAAAGUAUUAUCGAUACUUAAAAAUUGAUAUCAGAGAAGAAACCUGAUAUUAUUAUAUUAAAUAUGGCUCCAAUAGCUAUAAAUGAAAUUAAGAAGGAUAAUGAAUUAGAUAUCCAAAAAACUGUGGAUUCCUUUAAUGAGCCAGAAAAAGAUAAAGGAGAAGAAGAAGAUGAAGAUGAGGAAGAAACAAAAAAAAUAGAGUAAGUUUUUGUUACUAAUUUUGAUCCUCUUAUUGAAGAAUUAACAAAGAAGUUUUAAGUAAAUGAUUAAAAGAAGAUUAUAACUGGAUAUUAAUAAGGAUUCUAAGUUCCAUUUACUAUGGAGUCUUUGCUUUAUCAAUUUUCAUAACAAAAAAGAGACUAAAAAUAGCCAAUUAUUUUAUUGGGAGGGUUAAGUUUCGAAGAUUAAAUCAAAUUGUACAUCCAAGGCAUCCCUCCUGGUAAAAUUGCUUAAGAAUUAUCUAGUCUUAGAUUUCAAUGGUUGAAUCAAUUGUUAGCUAAUUUCUCUGAUAUUUAAUAAACUGGAUGCAUCUUAUGUAAUUCAUAACCAAAUGGUGUAAUACCUCCUUCUAAAAUCCUAAAUGAAUCACCAAAAAUGAAAAAGAUAUAGGCUGACUUUCUUGGAGAAUUAACAAAUAAAUACAUUGGCAGUAGUGGUAAAAAGCAAUUUCUAGUAAUUGUGCAAUAAUAAUUAUUUUUGGAAACUCUCAGAAGUGUUGCCUAAAGAAAUAUUGAAAAGAAUGAUGUGGAUAUAGAUAUUUAUAGAUAAGAAUAUUUGGAAAAAAAGUAAGGAAAAAAAGUGUAAAAUAAAAAGCAUUAUAAAGUGUUUUAAUAAUUUUAUGAAGAGUAAUUAUUAUGAAAUAUAAUUAGUGCUUUAAAUUUUGAUAAAACCUAUAAGUAUUGUUCACAAGAAAUGCUAGAUUUAAAUAAAUUUUCAAGUGUGAAAUAUACAAAAGGAUUAGACUUGCGUUGUGGAAUCAGAGAUAUUUUAUUUUGA